ACUGUAUGGAUUUAGCAUUGUAUAAUAUGUUUUUUGAAAUGCUGCGAUUGAGUAUUUUAUUGUCAUUGAUUACUCUUCAGGUAACUUUAAGUGCAUAUGAACCUGAUCUCAUAAAUAAGUUACCUGACCAAAAACAAAACAUCAUCUCUAAACAGUAUGGUGGAUAUAUUACAACAGACAAAAACAAUGGUAGAGCAUUAUUUUACUACUUUGUACAGGCAGAAACCAAUCCCACUUCCAUGCCAUUAGUAUUAUGGCUUAAUGGAGGGCCUGGAUGCUCAUCGCUUGGAUAUGGAGCAUUCAUGGAGCAUGGUCCUUUUAGGCCCAAAGGAAGUGUUUUGGAGAAAAACAUGUACUCUUGGAACAUGGAAGCAAAUCUGCUCUAUGUAGAGAGUCCAGUUGGAGUAGGAUUUUCAUAUUCCAAUACUAGUUCAGACUAUGAGUAUCAAAAUGAUACACUAACCGCUGAAGACAAUUUGGCAUUUCUUUUGAGUUGGUAUGAGAAAUUUCCAGAGUUCAAAGAUGUAGACUUUUAUAUAACAGGAGAGAGCUAUGGAGGACACUAUGUGCCACAAUUAGCAACCCUUGUACUCGAUUACAACAAAAGCCCAAACAUCACACCUAUCAAACUGAAAGGAAUUGCUAUAGGCAAUCCCCUUUUGGAGAUGGAGAUGAGCUUAAAUAAUGGAGAAUUUUUGUGGUCGCAUGGUUUGAUCUCAGACCAAACCUACCAACUGGAAAAGGACGUCUGUAACGCUUCCAGAAUGUUCCUAGAAGUUUAUGUUCUAGGCAAAGAGUCUCAAGCUUGUAUAGAUGUAUAUAACAGGAUAACUGGCGAAAUUGGAAAUGUGAAAGAACAUGAUGUUAUCUUAGGCAGUUGUCUAGCAGCUCAAGUUGAUCAUGCAGUGCAGACAACAGCAUCUGGAAAGCUAGGGGAACUUCAAAAGAAAGUAAGCAGUUUCACUUGAAUGAAAUCAAUCAAU